CACCACCAAAACAAUUUUGUUCCGCCAACAAAACCCCAUAACAAACAGGAAAGAACAUGGAAUCGAUUAACCUGGAGAACCAUCUCACCCGGGCUGACGUUUUUGGAGCUAUCAGUGUUGACUAUAUCAACUAAAAAUCUUGGCAGGAGCAAGCAUCUCAAAAGCAGUAGGGCGGACUAUGCGCUAGAGGAGAGGCGACGGAGGCGGGAGGAAACGGUGCAAGGGAUUGGAGUGAGGGAAGAAAAAUCGAGUUUGAGCCCUCAGAGAGUUGGGAGCAGUGAAGCGGCGGAGAAGUAGAGAUGAGAUUGGCGGUGAUCUGAAAAAUGAGAAAUUAUAGAGGGUUGGGUCAAUAAGUAACUAGAGAGAGAUAAAUUAUGACACUGUUAUCAAUUUUGGGGGUCGUUUGGGCCACCUUAAUUAAUAAAAUGCAGAUUCCAAAAAUAAAGUUUUGAGUAAAUCUAACUUUUUAGUCUUAAAUUGUGUUAUUGAAUAUGUGGGAUAUAUAAUUAUCAAUUUCAAAAUUAGUAGCAAUAUGUAGAUGUACCUUGAAGCCUUUAUUUAUCUGAAAAAAUUUAUAACAACGAUUUUAUGAUCGGCUUUUUAAUGGUUAAUAACCGGUUAUCCAACUUUAAACCUUUUGCUAAUCCGGAUCGCAGACCGGCCUAGUUUUGAAAACACUGCUUUUUAGCCUUUUGUUUUAUUUGGAAUGGAGAGUGUGAGUUUGGCACUUUGGCUAGGGCGGUAAUACUUAGCCAAAAAAUUUGGAAUUGUGGGGCCAAAUAUUUGAUGAGCCAAAAUUUAGAAGGGGGGGGGGGGGGGUUGCGGGAGAGCCAAAUUACUCUAUGCAUGAAUUUUGUAGGAAUAAUAUGAGAAAAGUUACCCUGACAAUAUAAUUUGUCACUUUUGUGUCUCUUAUAUCCCAAUAUGAGAUGCCUAUUUGACAAAUGUAAUUGUGACACGAAAUAUUUGUCACAUUAUUCACUUUAAAUGACGAACUAUUCUGACAACAAGAAAUUUGUCACUGUUGAGUCUCUUACAUCCAGAUAUGAGACGCCUAUUUUGACAAAAUUAAUUGUGGCACGAUAUAUUUGUCACAUUACUCACUUUAACUGACGACUUAUUAUGGCAACAAUUUUUUUUGUCACAUUAGGCAUACCAAAUAGGACAUAUAUUAUUUUUGUCAUAUCACCGUACCUAUUGUGGCAAACAAAAAAUGACAAAUUUUUUUUGUCCUAAUAGGCCGAAUUUGUUGUAGUGCCCGAGGACGAUGGAGUACUAUAUGUCCCCAAGGGCGGAGGACAUUCAAUCGCCAAUCCUAGAUCCUCCGAUGGCGGCAAACAAUUUCGAGAUCAAGCCGGCUCUAGUGACUAUGAUACAAAGUUAUGCUCUUUUCCAUGGCCUUGAGAGCGAGUCACCAAGAGCGCACGUGCAGAGAUUCUUGGAGCUCGCGGGGAGUUUGAAAAUUAAUGGUGUGCCCACUGAAGCCUUGCAACUAAGGCUUUUCCCUUACUCUAGGGUAAAUCACUUAGGUGGCUAAACAACCACCCACCUCGGUCUAUCACCUCAUGGGACGACCUCCUCAACAAGAUUAUGGCUCGUUAUUGCCCGCCUUCGAAGACGACGGAGUGGAGAAAGAAGAUUACACAUUUCGAGCAAGAAUAGGACGAGACCUUGAGGGAUGCUUUGGAGAGGUACUCCGACUACUUUCUUCAAUGCCCUCACCACAGGUUUGAAGAAUAGUUUCGGAUCGAAACCUUCUAUGGAGGCCUAAUGCAAGAAGAUAAAAUCCUCAUCGACUCCUUGUGCCAAGGGAAGUUGAUGAAUAUGGCUCCACCUCACAUAACCGAGAUACUUGAAGAUAUGGCCCUUAGGGGAUAUGAUUGGGGGUUGACUAGAAGUGGAAGAAGAGGCAAUGAUAGGGGAGUGAGAAGCGUGGGAGCGAGUGCUUCGCUUGAGGCGAAGUUGGAUAAGAUGCGUGAGGUUAUGCUUGAAGAUAAGAGGCAUGGAAAAAAGCCGGUGUUUUCGUGUGACUGGUGUUCGAGCACUAGCCACGAGAUGGCCGAGUGCCAAGCAAUGAAGGAGGCAACCACGCUGGAGGAACAAGUCAACUUCGUGGAAAAUGCUAGGGUCAACAACCCGUAUAGCAAUACUUAUAACCCCGGAUGGAGGAACCACCCUAACUUUGCUUGGUCAUCACCUACUAAUCCGAGACCCCCGGGUUUUCAAGGCCCUACGGGAAAUUUCCAACCUCGGCCCAUUACUUGUGUUGGCUUUGAUAAUGUUGGGCAUGAAAGUAAAAAGGGUCCUAAGCCCAAAGGAUCGAGAUUGAAUGCUUGGAGAAGAAGGAUAAAGGGAGCUUUGACCCGGAAGAAGGGAGGGGCCGAAGCAAUGUUGGCCAACCAAGAGGGCCAACUCAAGGAGCAUAAGAUGGGAGGCUACAAGCCUCGCCCCGAGAGUGUGGUGGAUCCGCUCUCGGUGGCAUCAUGUUUGAAGUCGUGAUUGAUCCCCAACCAUCAAGCUAAUGACGAUAAACAAGCGCUUGUUGGGAGGAAACCCAAAGGAGGUUUGUUUUCUUUUCUUUAGUUUUCGUUUUAGUGUCUUGUGAAGGGUUCGAGUGGUGAAGUGUUGUCCCCGUGCCAAGUUUUGUGUUUUUUCGGUUUAUGGUUGUGUUGUGAUCAAUUAGGAGGCACAGGGGAAUAGGUUGCAUCAAAUUUUUUGCAGAAGUUCCCUGUUUUCACCUGAGUUCAUGGACAUAUUGCCGAGUUCACAGUCUUAUACGACCGUGAACAGGCAAAUGCGUCAGUGAACUUGGUUACUGAUGCAUGUUCACCACCUGUCAACCACUCCGUGUUCACAGAUGCGUUUGGGAGUUCACGGUCUUUACCGUGAACUCGGCAACGUCCGUGAACUCUGAGCCCUGCCUAUAAAAGGGGCAUGAACGG